AAACAAGUCACUCAUCGGCAGGCUUGGGUAUAAAGGAGGCUCAGGCGAGCACUUCCAUCUUUAACUCCUCUUCUGUGUUGCACUCCAUCCUCGCUCUCAUUUUUUCGACGCCGUGCAAUUACCUCGCAGUCUUACCUCAAGCCACUUCACGCCGUCAUUAUGAUCGACUAUACGAAGGCAAUUCCUUUCGUCUUCGUUCUCGCACCUAUCCAAGACGCAAGAUACGCUACUGGUUUGGCCAGUCCAGCAGCAUGUACCUUUUCGGCUCUCGCACAAUCCUCUCCUGGUUCCGAUACUCCCCACGCCCUCGACGAUUCAUCCAGCUUGGACGAUACAACAUCAACUAUAAAUCAAGAUGAUACCAUGUCACACACCUUCUCAUCUUCAUUCUCGUGUCGUGUUGUCGAGCUUUUCAUCAUACUUAUCGGUCAAAUCGGUUUCCUCGUACAUCAAUUCCUACGAAUCUCAGAUGUUGUCGAUGUUCUCUCCUCCUCGUUCGCGACUCUCGAGCAGACUACCGACCUCGAAAUCACGAACCCCUGUGCCACGAUGGAGCUUGUUAAGCAAGAUGUCGAUUCCGUCAAAGAUCAGACUCGUUGCCAUGAACAAGUAAUAGCCCUCGAGGCUAGAGAAUUCGCCACCCUCAUCGCUAAUCAGCAACGCCAAAUUGACGACCUCGGCAAACAACUCCACGAAGAACGCGAAUUCUCGAGAGAUAUUAAGAAAAUUCUCAAUAAGCUUACUUCUCGUGUCUCGCGGGACAACGAGGAACUUGACGCUUUCCACGGGCGUCUGCACGAUGAACUCGCCUGUCAAAUUAAGGACCAAAUUAAAACGGCGCGAGAUGUCAUUGACCUUCGCAAGGAACUCGAUGUCUUCCACGAACGCCUGCAUGGCCAACUCAUCUCUCAAGUCAGGGACCAAAUCCGAACGGAGAACAAUGUUGCCGACCUUCGCAAGGAUAUCCCGAAGACACUUUCUCUAUACCACACGAGGAUCUCAGCUCUGGAAUCUGCAUUAUCUCAAGCUAAGCUGCCUCCUUCACUUCAAGACGUUUGCGACUCCAAACCUGCACAAAGCGCUACGUUUGUGGAUGCUAGCGCCAUUCCACAACGAAUUCUUCCUGGCUCCCAACAUCUUCCUACACCAACGAGUGCUGCGCCGAAACAAAGGUCAGGUAUCUCAAUCUCUGCUAGAUCUCUUCGGUUCAUUGAUCGUGAAUCAAUUUACAUUCAUGCUCCUGCAGAGCCAUCCGCACCAGUCGGCUCAAAGGCAGCUGGAGCCCCCAUCAAGUUCACCACCCCGAAGGCACUUAUGACGGUUGAUUCCGUCAGGCGUCCGGUUACUGUUAAGCCUUCGGUUUCUAGGGUCCUGCCGAGCUCAAAGAUCCCCACUCCUGGCACGAGGGUGUCAUCUGCGCCUAAAGGAGUCCUCUUGAAGAAUCCCCCAUCCAAAGACAAGGCAUACAUAGACACAUCUUGUGAUAACCGUCCCCCCCGGGAGUCUGCGACUCUCAAGAAGAGUGGCAGUGCCACCUUGGGCAAGGUGCAGGAGCCUAGAGUUCCUUCUCUCAAGAAGAGCGGCAGUGCUGUCAAGCACAACGCAAAGGUGCCUAAACCUCUGAAGAAGAACAGCAAUACUGCCAAGGGCAAGGCGCGGGAACUUAGUAACAACCAGGUGUUGCCCCCAACCUCGUCUCCAGUCACUCCCCCUACCAAAUUAUAUGCCCCGGACUCGACGUCCCGGCCCGAUGACGUCUCACAUGGUAUUGCUGGUCAACCCCGGACCCUGUCGUCAUCGCCAUCCUUGGAAGUUCUGGAUGUUGCUGUGCAACUCCACUCGUUGGGCGAUCUACGUGAUCCGUUGCCUUCUCUAGAUUCGAUGUCCUGGCUCGACGCCGCAUUGGAUAGUGUUGCCAGUCAACCCCUGUCAUCGUCAUCAUCUUUGGAAGCUCUGGAUGCUGCUGUGCAGUGUCACUCGCUGGGCGAUCUAAAUGACCCGAUGCCUUCCUUGGACUCGAUGUCAUGGCUUGAUGAAUGCCACGAAGUUUCAGGUCAACCUCUUCGCCCGUCGUCUUCCACGGAAGCUUGGGAUGCGGCUGUGCCGCUUUUAUCGCUGGACGAAUUGUGCGGGAUGAUGCCCUCGUUGGACUCGAUGUCCUUCCUCGACAAUGAAGUUCUUCUUGUCCCUCCCUUCAAGAAUCUUGACCGGAAUAAGGCGCGAAGCAUCAAUUGUCACCGAGAACCUCUCCACCCGUCAUCUUCCAUGAAAGCUUUGAAUACUGCUGUGCAGCUUUCAUCGCUGGAUAACUUGUGCGAGACAAUGCCUUCGUUGGACUCGAUGUCCUUCCUUGACGACGAUGCUCUGACGGUCCCUCCCUUCAAGUCUCUUCUCUGGAGCAAGCCUUGA